AAGGUCCCCCCAGAGUGUGAGAAAGGUUUGGACUCAAGCUACUGCUGGAAAACUUUGCCCCAAGGACUUGCCAUUAAGAAAUCAAAAAUCCAAGGUGCUGGUCUUGGAGUUGUAGCAACUAAAUUUUUUCCAGCUCGAACCAGAUUUGGACCGUAUGUUGGAAAGAAAGAAAGAAAUGAAGAGGUCGCCCAAGAGUCUGGUUAUAGUUGGCAAGUAAGUCAUGGGUAGGAUGCAACAAGUAUAUCAAAUAAUAAGUCAAAUUUAGAAUUCCUAAAUUUAAAAAAUCUUGAUUUAUGUGUGGCAUACAACAUGGCAAAAUUUUGAAUAAUAUAUAACUGACAGAUGCAGCUAUUAACAUGUCCAUUCACAUGCAUAUGCAAAGAGCUGCUGCCUUGUACAUUUCAAGUUUAACAAAAAAUACAUGCAUAAAUUAUACAAAUUUACUAGCUCAAUUGAAUAAAUGUUGAGAUUUCAGCUAGAUUCAUGAAGAUUGUAGCUUGAUUCAUAAAGAUUGUAUUAGUUCAUUCAAUUUCCUACAAGAAUAUAUCUAGUUUUAUAUAUGUAAAGUAAUUUUUUUUAUUAAUUUUUUUGCUAUAUAAUUGUGUGGCUUGUGAAAAGAGCUUUGUCUUCUUGGCACUGAAACUCAAAAUUAAGCUCUGUUUCCAAAGGUUUAAAAAAUUAAAUUGUUUCCUCUGUUAAACUAUUACCAGCACUUCAAAAUCUCUUACAUUUGAGUAGCACUCUCUUUGGUUAUAUGUGGCACCCUUCCAUCUUCACGAGACGAUGGAGUAACUAUGUACACUUCAACAAAUGGCACACUAGGCCGAUCUCAGCUGCAUUUCUAGCUGGAGAAUAUUGACUCCUGGUUAGAUCUGACCUUCAGUAUUGUUCUUAUUGUUGCAAGACCUUCAUUUAGUGCAUUUUUGACUCCUUCUUACACUGCUGGUUGCCAGCUGGAACGUUGCUCAGCAAUCAUCUCCCAUUUAUUUGAUUUCUAUGUUGGCUUCCAUCAUGCUCCUUUCUCCUUUUGCAAACGUCCAUAAAUCGAAGCCGUAGCUGUCCAAUAAGUCUUGUCCCUUCUGCUAACUCUCCAUACAGCAGCUUCUUUGGAAUACGUCCUUCCUCCAUCCUCCUUACAUGGCCCAAACAGCGAAGGCGCCUCUUGCCAAGUGCGGAGAAUACACUACACAUUUUUGCACAUUCCAAGACCUCUGUUAGGCACCUUGUCCUGCCAUCGAAUGUGUAAAAUGGGGCGCAGACAUCUUUGAUAGAAGCUACAGAGUUUCCGCUCAUGACUGGCAAAUGUGGUCCACUCUUCACUGCCAUAUAGGAGCCUCAUAAGCACACAAGCCUAAUAGAUGCUUAGUUUUGUACUAUCAGUUAGAGUGAGAUUAUUCCACACCCGCUUAUUCAAUUUAGCCUUAGUUGCUGCUGCUUUUGAGAUCCUGAUGUUCACCUCUUCAUCAAUGGAGAGAGAACUAGAGAUAUUGGAUCCAAGGUAUGUAAAAUGCUCAACUGACAGAUUAUGGCCCUCAAUAGAAAUAAUUGGAGGGGACGGUGCUUCUUGCAUCAUAAAAUUAUGCUAGCUAUAGACAUAUAUUGCUAUAAAUUCUGGGUUAUGCUCUUCUACAUAACUUGAACGUGUUAUUGUGUAUAAAAGAAUUGUUUAGCCUUUUGUAACAUAAUGCGCACAAUACUUGUUUUUUAAUUAAUCCUUCUUACUUUUUGUCUCUCCCUCUUGUGGAAACAUAAUCUGAUUAGGUCUUAUUGCAAUUAUUAGUUAGUUUCUUUUUCUUUUCCUGGGUAUCUACCACUCACCCUCUCACAGACACAUCGGUGACUACCCCCCUAUUAUUUACAUAUUUUAAUAUGAAGCCUAUAUCUCUGUUCUUGGUUAUUUGGGUUUUCCCCACUCACCUUACUAUUGAACCAUCAAUGGUCUAUAUAUGUAGCUUGUCAGAAGGACGCUAAAUAUUUUAGGAUAAUAAAUCUAAUGUCACAUUAAAACAGAUUUUGCUCUGCAGUUUUUAAUGAAAAGUAGAUAAUAUUGUAACUAGUUUGAUGCAUUGUAUCAAGAUAAUAUGCACUAUCCUUAAAUUGUGUGAACCUUUACAUUAUUUAUCCUUAUAUUGUGAAGAGAGGUUAUAGUGGAUGAUCCUAUUAAUUGCCCUUAUCUUAUAAUGUGUGAAGAGAAGUUACACUAGACCAGCGGUUCUCAACCUGUGGGUCGCGGGUCCCUUUUCCAGGGGUCGCCUAAGACCAUCUGAAAACAUAUAUCCUUACAGCUAUGUAGUAGCAAAGAAAAUAAUUGUGUGGCUUGGGGGUCGCCACGACCCGAGAAACAGUAUUAAGGGGUCGCGGCACUAGAAAGGUUGAGAACCACUUAACUAGACAGUUAUAUUGUGUGAGCCAUUGAUAAGUGGCUUGUAAAAUAUGCAAAGCAUUUUUGCCUCAACUGGUGAGUUUGAUAUAUUUAUUUGACAGUAAUUUUGUAAACUGUAUUUGAACUACUUGCCUGGAUUCCAAAUACUCACAGAUAAUCUCAUCAUAUCUUUAACAUAUUUAGAUCUAUAAAGAUGGCAAGCCUUCACACGUUGUUAAUGGCAGUGACCCGAGUGACUCUAACUAGAUGAGAUUUGUCAACUGUGCUAGGCAUGAAGACGAGCAGUGUGUAACUGCCUACCAACAUGGAGGAGAAAUCUAUUACAGAACUCAUAAGGAUGUUCAUCCUGGCACAGAAAUACUGGUGAGACAUUGAACCAACAUGGUUACUGUGGCUUUUAUUGAAACAACUUCAGACCUGUUUACCCACAAACUCUUAAAAUCGUACAAUAUCAUCACAAAAUCAUUCAAUACAUUAUCUUAAUAGUAAAAAAAUAAAAAAUAACCAUACAGUAUAUGUAAGUAUUCGCCUCUAAAUCGUACAUUGUACGCCAGAAUCGUAAGAGUAAACAGGUCUGCAACUUGCAUUAACUUUAAGGUCAUCUUUACUAACCAAGCAAUUAUCAGUUUUAAAAUGCAUAGAUUAUUAGAUAAGGGUCCAUCAAUAUUAUACGUACGCAUUGAGUUGGAUAGGCAGUUGUUAAUUUCGUGUACACCUGGGUCUGGCCAGGGGUAUGUCUCGGUAGAAGGUAUGUAAAUUUACUCACGAAUUCUGCAAUAAUGAUCCAUAAAUUCUGACAGUCCAAUUAUAUCUCUAAUGCUGUAAAAAUUUCAACUAAUGCACCUCCCCCUUCCAACUACCCCAGUGAUUAUAAAAUGUAUGGAUUCCUUGCCGAAUUGAGUUUUUUUUUUUUCAAUUGCCAAUUCUAAAAGAUACACAUAGAAGUAGUUAUUUUUUUAAAAAAUUUAAUGAAUGGUUAAAAAUAAAUCUAACACGUGACAUUUGAAAUUUAAAAUCACUAUUAAGGUUUUAUGUAAAGAUUAUUUUGACGCAAGUGUUCACAAGUGGCUUAUAUCUCCUUCAAUAGAUCAGCCAUACAGGUGGUUUCACUAGUCAAAAGAUUUUUAGCAUACUUCAAUGCAAGCAGUGGGCAUAAAUCAGUAUAUAAAAAGAAAAAAAUUGUAGGUGUCAAGUUUCUUCACACUCACUCAUCCCUUGUAUAUAUUGAAACAAAUCCCCACUCCUUUAUGAAUGCCCCCUCAUUAAUGAUGUUAUCAAUGAAGAAUGUCCUCGGCCUCAAGCUGAAUGUGAGAUUUUCAAUAAUGUAAGUUGAUAUUAAUUUUUUUAUUUGAGCUGCACUGAUUAAGAUUGGACUUGUAUUUAAAUAAUGGAGGCUUCCCUCUUCUGGUGUUUUUUUUUACUCACAUUUUUUUUUAGUUUCUACUGCCAGAGAGUUUUAAUUUCUAAUCCCAAAGAAAAUUUAACAGCAAAUAUAGAAAAAGCAUUUGCUUCACAAACUUUUAAUUGUCUUUAAUUGUCAGGAUUUUGCUUAUCCCGGGAAAAUGGGAUAAAAGUAAAUCUCAUUUCGGCAUCGAGGAGGAAAUUAAUUCAAUUUAAAGUCCGAGGAACCUCUCAUAACGAGCACCUCUCAUAACGAGUAAUUCGUAUAAUGAGCAAAAAAAAAUGUGAAGAAGUUGCUCCCUUAACGAGCGAUAUUUCGCAUAACGAGUUACGCAGAAAGGGGAAGUCCUUUUUUCCUGACAUUCAUUUGUGAGCCGGGGCUUCCGCGCCCAUGCAUUAGUCCAGCGGUUCUCAAUCUGUGGGUCAUGACCCCUUUGGGGGUAGCGCGGCCCUUUCCCAGGGGUCAACUCAGACUAUCUGAAAACACAUAUUCUUACAGCUAUGAAGUAGCAACGAAAAUAAUUAGGUUGCUGGAGGGUCGCCAAGACACUAGAAACUGUAUUAAAGGGUCGCGGCACUAGGAAGGUUGAGAACCAUUGCAUUAGUCUGUGUUUAGCACUCGGUCUGUUAGUGUAUUGUUUUCGUGUGUGAGCACCCGUUUUUACAAAUUUUGUAUUCAGACAGUAUUUGUAAUUUUUUUAUGUGCAAAGUGUAAUAAACUAUGCUAAAAUGUCUUUGAAAAAAAAAACACAAGAAGACAAUCAUAAAAGAGGAAAAAUUACUGUUGAAAUGAAACGUAAAAUCAUUGAAAAGCGAGAACAAGGUGUGAGCGUGGCUAUUCGUGCUACACAUUUUAUUCAAUGAUAAUGCUGUGACACAGUUUCGUCAAAUUUUGAAGCGUCAGCAAAAACAAAUGUCUUUAGACAGUUUUCUAGUUAAAAAGGAUUAAUUAUUUGUCAUAAAUUCAUAUUUUUAUUUAUUUUUUUGUUUCAAAUCUAAACUGUAUUCCAAGUUGUUAUACUUCUUAACAAUUCAAAAGUAAUUUUAUUUGAAUAAAUGUUAAUAAAAAAUUUUGAAAAAUUAGUAUAUUUUCAGCAUGGAACGCAUUAUUGUACUUUACUUUAAGGGAAAAAUUGUUUCAUUUAACGAGUGUUUCGCUUAACGAGUAAGAGUCUGGAAUGAAUUAAACUCGUUAUGAGAGGUUCCACUGUUUAUUAGAAACUGAAUUAAACUAUAGAAGAGUAAGAGUGUUUUUUUUUUUUAAAUUAAAUGUUUAGUUGUUUUUGUCUUUUAAUAAAUGGAAAAUGAUAUUAAGGUUACUUAAGAGGUUGGUCCCUUGGUACUAGUUGCUUCAUUUCCUCCACUUAGCCCAAGUAAUAGAUAACUAGCUAACAAUAUGUUUGACCUUUACAUUUAUGUCCUUUUUACAUUCUUUACAGGUCACAAAUUCUAAAAUUUUAAAUUUUAAAAGGGUUUGUUCAAUUAAAAAACUAUUAGAGUUAUUAAUAAAAAUGUAUCCAUUUAUUUGUAUAUCUUACCAAGUUUAUUUUUGAAUUAAAAUGAUGCUACAUAAUAUAAAAGUAGUUGAUAAUUUGUGAAAACCCGUGACUUGCUAAUAUUUAUUUAUUUUUAAAAAUAAGAAAAAAGUAUUCUAAGAGUAUCCAUCGGCAAAGUCGCGCUGGAUGUGAAAAUUUACCCGGAAGUCUUUGGUUUUGCUAAAAAUUGUGCUGGAUCUCAGAAUCCCAGGAAAGAAACCCCACUAGACACAUUGAAUUAUGGGUUUGCAAAGGUCAAAAUCAAGGCUGACCUUAAUUAUGUCCUAGCAAGAUGCUAACACUGCCCCACCCAGUGCGAAACCUGGAGCUAGAAAGGCCUAAUUAGCUGCAUUAUCUAAACCUCUAUGUAUUUAGCAUUUUUUGUGUUUGAUUAAAGUUUAGUUUAAUCACCAGAGGUGUGUAUUUUUUUCAAAGAAUCGAUUUACCAACCAAAACUUAGGUCCAAGGCUCUAAACUGCUACUAAGCUACAAUGCUUAGAAAAUAAUCAGAUGAUUUAUGAAUAUGGACUAAAAGGUAAAGAAGAGCGUCAGUCUUCUUUGAUUAUAAGUUCUGAGAGAAUUGACUUAUUUCUCUCUAAACCGAAUAAGUUGUAUGUUUUAUAAAUUGAUGUCAGGUAUAUAAUGGUGACAAUUUAUUUAUUCAAUGUAUUUAUACUGCUCUCAGGUAUACUAUGGGGAUAGCUACGCCAAAGAGUUAGGAAUAGACAUGGAGGUUGUUGGCAAAGCUAGCAGAAUAUCCUCAUCAAAGCCUUCAGAACAUCCAAGGGUAAAUGACUUCAUCAUUCCAACAAGCAAUGGUUGUGUCCUUGAUCCUAGUCAGGAUGAUAGAGAUGGUAGUCCAUCAGGACCAGUUGAGGGUAUGCUUACAUUUUUAUAAUUUUUUUUUACCAGGCAUUACAUCUUGUAAAAAUAUUGAAUAAUGCUUUUUUGUCUUCAAUGAAUAAAGACUUUUGGCUUCCAAUUGUGUCAUGUAUAAUUAUGUACUUUUAGAAAUUAAGUUAUUUAAAUAAGUAAUACAUGAAAUGACAUUGCUUUUUCAAAUCAAGGGUACAAUCCACUUGUAUAUUAUGUGUUCUUUUAAUUAUAUUGAUUACCAGUGGUUAAUUUUAAUAAAGUAGCUAAUUAAAUUUAUCAUUGUCUUAUGUGUUACAGAUAUUUUUAAGUGCAAAUUUUGUACUACUGCAUUCUCACAUCAAAUAUACUUUGAGAAUCACUUGAGAAGAAAACACCAUGAUGACUAUUAGAAAAUGAAGCAGAGGGAUAUAUCCAGAGAACAAACUGACCAAGCUAAAGGUGUGGGAAAAUAUCCAUUACAAAGAAGUCUAAAGAAGAAAGAAACUUCUGUGAGAGUCAGACAACUCAAACAGAAAAAAAUUUACAGGAGAAAAACCUUUCGACUGUGAUGUCUGUGGGAAAGGUUUUACAAUCAAUAGAGAUCUAACUCGACACAAAAGGACACAUUCAGGAGAAAAACCUUUCAUAUGUGAUGUCUGUGGGAAAACAUUUACACAAAAUAGUAAUCUAACUACACACAAAAGGACACAUUCAGGAGAAAAACCUUUCAAAUGUGAUGUCUGUUGGAAAUUUUUUUCACAAAAUAGUAACCUAGAAAAACACAAAAGGACACAUUCAGGAGAAAAACCUUUCAAAUGUGAUGUCUGUGGGAAAGGUUUUAGAAGCACUAGUAAUCUGUAUCAACACAAAUGGACACAUUCAGGAGAAAAACCUUUCAAAUGUGAUGUCUGUGGGAAAGGUUUUACACAAAAUAGUCACCUAGAAAAACACAAAAGGACACAUUCAGGAGAAAAACCUUUCAAAUGUGAUGUCUGUGGAAAAUAUUUUACAGAUAGUAGUCACCUAACUCGACACAAAAGGACACAUUCAGGAGAAAAACCUUUCAAAUGUGAUGUCUGUGGGAAAGGAUUUACAUGCAAUGAUAUUCUAACUCACCACAAAUGGACACAUUCAGGAGAAAAACCUUUCAAAUGUGAUGUCUGUGGGAAAGGUUUUACAACAAAUCAUGAUCUAACUACACACAAAAGGACACAUUCAGGAGAAAAACCUUUCAAAUGUGAUGUCUGU